UCGCCUCAGCUCUGUUAGAUUUUAUUCUAAUUCAUUCGGUAAAGAAUCGACAUUCGAGCUAUAUCGAACCUGUCGCAUUUUAAGCAACCGUCGUGCAUAUAAUUUAUAUUAUUAAGAAAAUAUUGUAAAACAUUUAAAAAUGCCUGCUAAAGCUGUAAGCGUAAUCAACGGUGAUGUCAAGGGUACCAUUUACUUUGAGCAGCAGGAUGAGUUUUCCGACGUAAAAGUAACUGGUGAAGUUACCGGACUCGCUAAGGGUCUUCAUGGCUUCCACGUACAUGAAUUUGGUGAUAACACUAACGGUUGCACCUCAGCUGGACCACAUUUUAAUCCAUCUGGCGAUGAGCAUGGCGCACCAACCGACAAAAAUCGUCAUAUGGGUGACUUGGGAAAUAUUGAAGCCAGUGGUGAUGGACCAACACAGGUCAACAUCAACGAUAAUUUAAUUACAUUGUUCGGUACAAAUAGCAUCGUUGGACGUACUCUCGUUGUACAUGCUGAUCCCGAUGAUUUGGGCAAAGGUGGUCACGAAUUGAGCAAGACAACUGGCAAUGCUGGUGCACGUCUUGGCUGUGGUGUGAUUGGCAUUUGCAAGAUCUAAGCACAUUUACUUUUUUUGUUUAACUCACUUGAAGUGUUUAACGUUGAUAUAACAAUGUAAUUGUUUCUUAUAUCAGUUCAAUAAUUCCAAAACAAAAUUUAACGGAUUUCUAAUUGUGUAAGGUAACUUAAAGUUAUCGUUUACAUGCGGGAUUACUAGCAUACAUAAGGUUACAAAUAAAAUAUGUGGUGAAUUGGAAAAGUA